GCUGGAGGCGGCUGUGGGGCAGCAGCUCAGAGCACCCCAGGCCCGCGAUGGCACAGCCCCCCAGGCUCCUCGCCCCUCUGCAGCUGGGGCUGGCAGCAUGUCGCUGGCUCCGCACCCCCGCCACGCCGGGGACCCGGCUUGACCUGCGGGGCAUCUUCCCCCCGCUCACCACCCCCUUCACAGCCCAGGGGGAGGUGGAUUACAGCCGGCUGGAGGAGAACCUGCACCGCUACGCCACGGCCCCCUUCCGAGGCUUCGUGGUGCAGGGCUCCAGCGGCGAGUACCCCUACCUAACGCCCCAGGAGCGGCUGGCCGUGGUGAGCCGCGUGCGCCAGGCCGUGCCCAGGGACAAGCUGCUGCUGGCUGGGUCGGGCUGCGAAUCCACGCAGGGCACCAUUGCGAUGACCGUGGGCAUGGCCGAGGCGGGCGCUGACGCUGCCCUGGUGGUCACACCCUGCUACUACCGGGGCGCAAUGACCAGCACGGCCCUGGUCCACCACUACAGCCAGGUGGCAGAUGCGUCGCCGAUCCCUGUGGUGCUGUACAGCGUCCCAGCCAACACCGGCCUGGAGCUGCCACUGGAGGCCGUGCUCACCCUGUCGCAGCACCCCAACAUCGUGGGCCUCAAGGACAGCGGGGGUGAUAUUACCCGCCUGGGGCUGAUUGUCCACAAGACCCGGACGGAGGAGUUCCAGGUGCUGGUGGGGUCGGCUGGAUUCCUGCUGGCUGGCUACGCCAUAGGUGCCUGCGGGGGGGUCUGUGCUCUUGCCAAUGUGCUGGGAGCCCCGCUCUGCCAGCUGGAGCGUCUGUGCCAGGAGGGACGCUGGCAGGAGGCCCAGGCCUUGCAGCUCCGGCUCAUCGAGCCCAACGCAGCGGUCACCCGCAAGUUUGGGAUCCCGGCGCUGAAGCAGGCCAUGGAGUGGUUCGGGUACCACGGCGGGCCCUGCCGCGCCCCCCUGCGCCCGCUGAGCGAGGCCCAGCUGCAGGAGCUGCGCAGGGACUUCAGCAUCAAUGGGUGGCUGUGACGGGGGAGGGGAAGGGGGGUCCUCACUCCUCCCCCCUCUGCUCACCUUCCCCUCACUGGCGCCCUCCCUCUCUCUCUCUGCUUCCCAGGAGCACCCAAGCCCCCUCCCCAGGGUAGGGGUGCAGACCCCCCAGAGCUGGCCAAGGGGGCACAGCCCCUUCCCCCCACAAACCCCCUGUGGCACGGCAGAGCCAACCCACAGGCCUCAACAAUAUGGUGGAUUCCCAGGUCCCUCCAGAACCUGGGCCGGCCCAGAGCCACUUCCCCCCCUUCUCACUUCCCUGGAGAGACCUGGCUGUCUGGGGAGGGGCAGGGUCCCUGGUGCACCAUGAGCUGUCAAUAAACCCCUGGCAUCCGCACUG